AUGGCUGCGGAGGAGCUGUCGGAGGGCGGCAUGGCUGAUAUCAUCCGUGCCCUGCAACUCAUUCACAACCCUGCAUCGUCAAACGAUCUACGGAAGGAAGCCUCGAAUUUUGUGGAGAGCUUGAAAGAGUCUGAUGCGGCCGCGCGAAAUGGGUUUCUUUUGGCUUCCCGUAUGGAGCAUGAGCCCGUCGUCCGAUACUUCGGCCUGACACUCCUCGACCAUGUGCUUCGCCAUUACAAUUUUACAAAUCCUGAAGAAGCAAAAACUCUACGCGUAAUGAUUUUGCAACUCGCCGAGAAUAUCCGCGCCGAAGACCCUGCAUAUUUCCGGAACAAGAUCUCCCAAUUGUGGGCUGAGGCCGCUAAGAAGAGCUGGGGCCUAGAUUGGAUGGAUAUGGAUGACAACCUGGUACAAUUUUGGGGUGCGUCGCUUGUGCACAAAGAGCUUGUACUCGCCGUUCUUGAGACACUCUCCGAGGAUGUCUUCUUCCGCGAGGACACUGCCUCGUCGCUGCGCGGAGGUGAGCUCAAUCGGGCGCUCAUCGAGAUCUUUACACCUGCAGGCAUCGUCGAGCAAAUUACUACUGACAAAACCCACGUCACUGUUCCACGCUGUGGAUCUGAGGGUUGGCUGGUUCGAAUCUGCGAAUUCCUCGACACUUGCGUCCAGAACAUCUCUAGCUCGGAACAGGCAAGAGAUGCGGCCAUAAAGGCUCUGGCGACAUUGAGGUCCGCCUUGUCAUGGUGUCUCUACAAAGCUACAAUUGCCUCGCAGGUCGUUCCUAGCAUCUUCAGAGCUUUGCCUUGCCAAGAUGAUCAGGUGCUUCUAGCCGCGAUUGAAGCACUCCACGCGCUCUACGGAAGAAACAACAUUGGAGGCGAAGAAUCCCACGGCUUAAUCUGCUUGAUAUUUGAGCCAGAAUAUCUUCUUCUCCUUCAAGGACUUUACGAGUGGUCGAUUGUGGGCCCGGACGAUGUGGAUGAUCCUAGAUACCUCAUCUCAAAAAAGCUUUCCGAGAUGGUCUCGUACAUUGCUGGGUGUUUGGAAGACGACAAGUUCUUACGAGAUACCAUGAAUCGUUUGGAUUUACCGGCUUUCCUGCAGUUCAUGGUCAACAUCAUGCAACAUCAAAGCUUGACGGUGUCCAUACCUUGCUUACAUCUGUGGUCCAAGUUGCUACAGAGCUCCAAAAUCAGUAAAAUGGAAUUCGUGGUAGGGCAAACUCCUCAGUUUUUAAACAUUUGCACCUCGAGACUUCUUCGCUGGGAGUCUCUCCCGACCGAAUCCGAUGACCCCACGGUCCAGUUCUUGGUCGAAGACAUUGAUACGGUCCCCGAGCGACAUGCGUUUGUUGGGAACUACCGCCGUUACUGUUCGUCCAUCAUCGAAACAAUUACGCUCAAGCGACCCCAGGAAGCAGUGCACGAAAUCCUGGCGCGGGUGGACGCCAACCUGGACAACUUGUAUGCCGGUGUUCCGCCUUUUAGCAGUGAGAAUCCACAGUCCGUUGAAGCCCGAAGUUCGAAACUGACACAGUUCGCAGUGGAAACAUUCAGCAAAUCUUCGAUUCCUCUCAUGCGUGCGGAUGCUCAAUUUGCGGUGGUAGAGGCUGUCAUCAAGGGAUACAAUAAGUGGGUUUCAGCUCAUGGGAAAGCACCACAACGCGAUGAGUCCAAGCGAAACCAAUUAGAGCACGCCGUUGAGAGCUGGGCGACGACCUUGAUGCAAAGGACCUAUGAGGACCCGGUCUUGAAACAAAGGGUUAUCAAAUUGGCUGUCGAUAUCUCGUCGAAGGCCUUGGACAACCACCCCGGCUUUGCACUCAAAGUUUUAGAACACAUUCUCAUGACGCGUCUCCCAGACCGAUCUGAAUACCCGUUGUACUCUGAGGCCGUCAAAGAACUUCAUGGAUUGGCAAGCUCUGAACUUCGUCGGUUAGCCAUCCGCUAUCCUGAUUCUUUCUACACUUUUUAUGAUGUUCUGGAACCGAAGAUCAAAGAAGUCACGUUGACUAACCGCGUGGACGACAAGCUGCAAAUGGAGCUGACUUCUAUCCUGAUAAUUAUCAUGCAGCGUGCGAACAAUGCUGAUCCCUAUUUGCGCCAAACUCGACUCGCAGCCUUCCUUCAACCAAUCCGAGACUCAUGGCAAGAUGAUCAGUUCUGUCAAAGCAGCUCCACUUUCGCCGGGUUUUGCACUAUGCUCGGAUUGGAAAAUGUUGGUCCAUACAUGCAAUCCAAAGAAGCCCAGAAACUGGCAGAUUGGUCAGAAGUUCCUUUGGACAAUCAAGGACAAUUGAUUCAAGAAGAGAUGACCAGAAAGUUCCAGCUAUUACCGUUGCGCGGCACCAAGACUGUGUUAGCGGUUUCCACAGACCGAGUCAAGAAGACUAUGCCAGCAUACGGGAUCGCCUGUGAAAUGUGGCACCAGCUCAUUCCUCUGAUUCUUCCCACUUUACUGCAGCUUGUUAGACACGCCCAUGCAUUUCACAACCCUGACAAUUGGAAUAUGGUCGAAGGUAUGCAACCGGUGGUGGAACGAAUCUUGACAGAUCGAUUCUGGCAGGCUGGUAUUUCUGUUGGCAGCCGUGACGAGUUCUAUGCUAGAAUCACAUCAUCCAAGUCCACACUUGAAGGGUUUGCAUCAUCAGUUCGAGGAAAAGUUAGGGCUGUCCGCGAGGCUUGUUACUCCAUGCUGUUCAGCAUGAGCCGGCUGCGCGAGCACUUCUACGGAUUCGCCGAGCUUCCGGGGCCCCUAUCUGAAGCAUUAUUUAUUGACUCAGCCCAUCUCUCGUCCCACCAGUUCUCGGUUCUUCUCAAUAUCUCACGUUGUCUGAUUGACGACUGCCCCGUGCAAUUCCGCAGCCAAUUUCUGCCCCCCAUGCUAUCGACUCUGUUUACCAACAUUGAUCGAAAGGUCACCACUGAAUGGGAAAUAAUCGAGCAACGCAAGAACGGAAUUUCGGACGGAGAUCUCACCACAGAGAUGAAGUCCGAAAGUGUUCUUCGUCAAUUGACUUACUCUGCUGUGAUCAUGGUCGCCAGUCUCUUUGAUCCACAGAGAGGUGGUAAUGAGUCCCCCCUUUGGAUAGGAUAUUGGAGAUACCCGACACUGACAGUAUCGAAACGCCCAGAUCCAGAUGGGAUUGCAUCGGACCCUAGUGCGCCCCAGCCGACCCCAAGCCUCUCUGAUUCCAUCCGCCAUUUCGUCCUCUCCUCGCCGGAGAUCUUUGAGCCAGUCAUGCUCUUUUGUACACACGCCCUUCGCAUGCGUGAUACCCGUAGCGGUAGCAUUAUCACCCGUGUUAUCCGCUCGAUUCUGCAAGACUUUGCCCCUACCGACAAUACCCAAGAUACGCCGACCAUCGCGACAAUUCGCGAAUUCAUCUGCACUGAUGUUCUCAAAGCGUGCAUUGCAUCUGUACAUGAUUCGUACUUUGUGGAUAUGCAGAAGGACCUCGCUCAGCUCAUUGCCUCCAUUUGGUCCCUCUAUGGCUUCAUAAGCGCCACGCCCCGCGCUGUUUUCCUUGGCUUACCUGGAAUCAGCGCAGAGAAAGUGGCUCAAACUGAGUCAUCUCUGCACCGAACUACAUCUCCAAGACAGCAGCGUGCAUUAGUCUUGGAGCUCCUUGAGCCUUUGCGUGGCAUCAGCAUUGCCGAGCAAGGGAAGAUCUUGGGUUCCCGCGAGGAACGUCGUAAGGCUCGUUCAGCGUUGCAGGAGCGCUACAUGACCAAUGAGAUGGAGACUCAGCAGCAGAGCCACCGUGUCGACAUCAAUGAUGGUCCAGAUCUUGGUGGUGUUGCUGAUCUCUUCGGAUAG